CGAGUAUAAAACCAGAUGCACUGAGAAAGCACUAACUUUAUGUUAACUUCCUGAUCAACCAGAUUCUUACAGUUUGUCUUUAAGUUCUCUGAGUGAAAAAUGCCUCCCCCUCAUGAGCGCCACGACUACGAGACGGAUCAUGAUGAGGGUUCUCCGUCUCCGACUAAUCCUAUGGCGUUCCAGGGUCAGGACUAUAAGAAGCUGCUCCACCAAUCUCUUCGUAAAAACGAGCUGUACAUUGAUGAGUUGUUUCCUCCGAACAGAAGCUCUAUUGGCACUCUGGAUAAAGAAACUGACGUGGACUACGAAAACAUCGAGUGGAAAAGGCCAUCGGAAUUAGUGUCACCUAAUAAACCUUUCUUCACUGUUGAUGGAAUAUCCAGGUUUGACUACAAACAAGGGUCCAAAUUAGGAAACUGUUGGUUUUUGGCUUCCAUUGGUGCUUUAACCUCGAAGACAUCGAUUAAGAAGACGAACGAUAUAAUAAACCAAGUCAUUCCAGCUGAUCAGUCAUUCAGCAGCAAUUAUGCAGGGAUAUUUCACUUCAGGUUUUGGCGGUUCGGUAAAUGGAUUGAUGUUGUCGUUGAUGAUCAACUGCCAACAAUCGAUGGCGAUCUCCUUUUUGUUUAUUCAAAAACAUCUAAUGAGUUUUGGCCUGCUUUACUGGAGAAAGCUUAUGCGAAGGUGUGCGGAUCUUAUGGUGACCUGGAUGGUGGAUUCAUAUCUGAGGCCCUGAUGGACUUCACUGGUGGGGUGCACAUUCAGUUUACGCUGAAUGAAGCUCCUUCUUAUCUGUGGGACAUUAUGUAUCGUGCAGCCAAGUCAGAAACCCUUAUGGGCUGUGGUACUUACCAAGGGGAAUCACGUGAAGCUGUGUCAUCCAAUGGCAUAGUUGGGGGUCAUGCUUACACUGUGACGGGGGUUUCCCGGGUGACGAGUAAAAGAAACCCAGUUCAUCUGGUGAGAGUGUUAAACCCGUGGGGAGAGACAGAGUGGAAUGGAGACUGGAGUGACGGAUCACGUUUGUGGGAAACAGUGAGUGCGGAGGAUCGCAAGUGGCGUGAAAAACUUGACAAUGGGGAGUUCUGGAUGUCAAUGAAAGAUUUCACCCAGAACUUUGAAAGCCUGGAUAUCUGCUGUCUCUGUCCUGAUUUUCUGGAUAGAUCUCCUGGUUGUCACUGGAAAUCUCAACGCAAUUUUGGCAAAUGGAUUGCUGGGACCACAGCUGGUGGUUCCAUUGACAAUGCAGAGACGUUUUGGAAAAACCCUCAGUUUCGUGUGAGGAUUGAGGAGCUUAGUGAGGACUAUACACAUGAGGAGGGUGCUGAAAACACACUGGUGUCUCUCAUGCAGAACCACGAGAAGAGAAACAGAAGUAGCCAGGAAAACUACAUGAUUGGAUUCUAUGUUUUUAAGAUGAGAGGUGAGAGUGGGAAGCUCUCAGCUGAGUUCUUCACUGACAAAACGCCUGUGGCAAUAAAGUCUUUCGACGCUCUGAGAGAGGUGAUGGAGUUUCUCUGGCUGGAGCCAGGAGAGUAUGUGAUUGUACCGUGCACUGAGAAUCCUGGUGAAUCGGCUUCCUUCGUCCUGUCUAUAUAUUCAAAGCAUGAGACACACUUUGAAUACAUUGAAGAGACUGAGGAGAAUGAAGACGAUCUCUGAUGAGAGUGAACCUGUCAGGCAACAUCGCUUCUUGGAGAAAUACGUCAACAUAUGCCUUUUUUCUCUCUUUUAUUUAAUCACUUUUGACAUCACAUAACUAAAGCUACUGUAUUCUCUGAUUGGUGCUAGAUUAACUGGGUAGUUGUAUGCUUUUUGGUAACACUUUAUUUGAGUUCCUAUUGUUUCAGUACAUGUUACAUUUAGUUAUAGUAAUAACUAUAAAAUAUGCAUAAUUACAUGCAACUAGCCCUAAACCAAACUUCAAUCCUGACCCUAUCAGUAUAUGUGGUUAAUUAUUAUUACCCAGUACUUAAAAUACUUACACUGUAACAUGGACACCUUAAAAUAAAGAUUAAUUUUUGCCCCCA